UCUGUGAAAAAAAAAUCAUUGAAAUUAAUCUGUAUAUGUUGGGCACAAUGGCUGGAGGAGCUGCAGAUUGUUAAAAAUGGGAGUUCUAUCGCCAAGAUGUCCAGUACAUUGUUAAAAAUGGGAAAGCUCUUAUAAUAAACGAGUUGACGGGGAGAGUGGAAGAAAAAAGACGAUGGUCAGAGGGGAUUCACCUGGCUGUGGAGGCAAAAGAAGGGUUACCAAUCCAGGCUGAUUCAGUUGUAGUGGCACAAAUCACAUACCAAUCAAUGUUUAAGCUUUAUCCAAAGCUUUCAGGGAUGACAGGAACUGCAAAAACUGAAGAAAAGGACUUCUUGAAAAUGUUCCAGAUGCCUGUUAUUGAAGUUCCCACAAAUAUGGCAAAUAUUCGUCAUGAUUUACCUAUCCAAGCUUUUGCAAAUGCUCGUGGUAAAUGGGAAUAUGUUCGUGCAGAAGUUGAAAGCAUGUUCAGAGUUGGUCGUCCUGUUUUAGUGGGGACCACGAGUGUCGAGAACUCAGAAUAUCUGUCUGCUUUGCUGAGGGCUAGCAAGAUUCCCCACAAUGUCCUCAAUGCACGACCAAAGGUUUGUUGUCUACUUUUUGUAGGAUUUAUCAAUGAAAAUAGAUAGGAUUUUGGGUUAACCAUGUAUGUAACAUGGCGACUUGAUUAUUGUUUUCAGUACAAUGUCUUGAUACGAAAAAAAAACUAAGAGUAGGAUGCUGGUAAUUAGAACUAGGUAGCUAUUCUUUCAUUUGGCCCUAAUGCUAAUGUGAAUGAUAUAUGGUUUUGGGUAAAUAACGCAGCUAAAUACGUGGGCAAAAGUGAGAACAAGAGUUGGACAUAUGAGAAGGCAAAAUCUAUAAUUUCAGAGUCAAUUGAAAUGAGCCAGUCAAUGGGUUUAGAUGAACUGCAAAGGCUUGUGGAAGAACAGGCAGAGAUGUACCCUCUUGGUCCUUGCAUUGCAAUUGCCUAUUUAUCGGUUCUAAAGGACUGUGAGAUUCAUUGCUUUCAUGAAGGAUUGGAAGUCAAACGACUUGGUGGUCUCCAUGUCAUUGGGACAUCUUUGCAUGAGUCCCGAAGAAUUGAUAAUCAUGUAACUUUGCAUCAGUAUUGUGUUUUAAGGUUUUACAUAAAUUUAGCAUAUACUUUCAGACUCACUUUUUUAAUUUAUUUCUUGCUUUACAAAGCUUCGUGACAGAGCAGGAAGGC